AUGGCCUCACCGAUUUUUUUGUCAAAACCACACCCUGGCUACUCCCCACAGGCUUUAAAAACAGGCCUUAAGAUAGCUGCAGAUGCAUUUUGGGUUCUGGCGUCGCAUUUCAUAGACCAGUGCCGGGCAAACCCUAAGGAAACCCUCAAGUUGGCUCUGAUAUCGAUCGUUUGGCGCUUGGCGCUCGUGCCAAUCAACAGCAUUGCAAAGCCUUUAUUCCUGUUCAGAUACGUCGCUCAGGCACUGGAUACGUGGCUCGCUUGUUACUGCGUAUUGAGAUUUGCUUCAGCACGCUUCGCCCAGGCUUUCUGGACUAGUUUCUACAGGGCUGCUGCAAACGGUGACGAACUAGAAGAGCAAACCCUGCAGCUUCAACAGCGCAUUGCUGUAAAAGAAGCCAUGAAAUCGCCCACAGAGUCGAUUCCGUGGUACACAGUGGUUCUGAUUAUAAUGGGAACAUUGAUGGCCGACGUCGAAAGCGUCUCCACAACAGGCAUCGCAGAGCCGCAGUUCGGACGCGCCAAGUUCAUGGUGCUAACUGCACUGUGGUACACAUUACUGGGCUCUUCUCUUGAUGCGGUGACGGCAAUUGCCGCGAGUGCCGCCAUGGCAGGGUGCGUAAGCCUGUCGACGAACAUGACGCUGAUACUGCAGUUCUACCACUUGGAGUGUCUGACAAAGUUUUUGCUCGUGCCCUAUUUACAGCAGGCACGUUUCUCGCCCCCGGAGUACGCUAUGUGGCUAAGAGCUCGCGGCGGAGUUUUCUGCGGUUUUCUGAUGCCCCUUUACGUCGUGCUGUCCUCAUCCAGAGUGCCCUUCGUUUCCCCAGUCUUCGUCUACGUGCUGGUGUAUCCAGUAGCCUACUUGAUGGCCGAGAUAGCGGAACCUGUCCCGGUCAAUGCCCCUUUUGGGACGCGAGCUCAUUCUGCUUGGUGUGCUCGCCAGCUUCUAUGGCUCAAUGUCGCUCAACGUCAUCGUUCUUCAGAGAAGAAAGAUAACACUUGGCAUAGGCCAAUUGCUUGA